GUCACCGGCAGGGCGAUGGCGGCACAGCCCGUCAUGUGGUCGAGGAAGAGGAGCUCCUCGGCGCUGUGGACCGACGAGGACCCCGUGACACCUGCCAAGCGAUGCGCAGCCGCAAACAUGCCUGCCCGCUCAGACAUCAUGCCCGAGAUGGGAGCUCCCACCAACUCCCACAACGACAUCGUCAUCACUGGUCUCUCCGGGCGCCUGCCCGAGAGCAACUCCAUCGAGGAGUUCAAGGACCAGCUCUUCGCUGGAGUCGACCUAGUGACGGCAGACGACCGCCGCUGGCCCACAGGCCUCCACGGCUUGCCCGAGCGAUGCGGCAAACUCAAGGACCUGACGCACUUCGACGCACAGUUCUUCGGCGUGCACGCCAAGCAGGCCCGUGUCAUGGACCCCCAGCUACGCAUGCUGCUGGAGCUGACCUACGAGGCCAUCGUGGACGCCGGCUUCAACCCGUCCGAGCUGCGCGGCACCCGCACCGGCGUGUUCAUCGGUGUGUCCAGCAGUGAGUCCGACGAGUACUGGACCCAGGACCCGGACCGCGUCAACGGCUACGGUCUGACCGGCUGCUGCCGCGCCAUGUUCCCCAACCGCCUGUCGUACACCUUCGACUUCAGCGGCCCGUCCUACGCCAUCGACACGGCGUGUUCCUCCAGCAUGUUCGCCCUGCAGCAGGCCGUGCAGGCCAUGCGCGACGGCCAGUGCGACAGCGCCAUCGUGGGCGGCUGCAACCUGCUGCUCAAGCCCGCCAGCUCCCUGCAGUUCCACCGCCUCAACAUGUUGAGCCCCCAGGGAAUGUGCAAGGCCUUCGACUCCUCCGGCAACGGCUACGUACGCUCUGAGGCCGCCGUGGUGAUCCUGCUGCAGAAGGCGUCCAACGCCAGGCGUGUGUACGCCACCGUGCUCAACGCCGGCACCAACACCGACGGUAACAAGGAGCAGGGCAUCACCUUCCCCGCCGGAGGCAUGCAGAGGAGGCUCAUCGAGCGCGUGUACAACGAGGUCGGCGUCAACCCCGCCGACGUGGCCUACGUCGAGGCCCACGGCACCGGCACCAAGGUGGGCGACCCCCAGGAAGUCAACUCCAUCGCCGACGUGUUCUGCAAGAACCGCACCACCCCUCUGCUGAUCGGUUCCGUCAAGUCCAACAUGGGCCACUCCGAGCCCGCCUCCGGCCUGUGCUCCAUCGCCAAGGUGCUGAUCGCCAUGGAGCGCGGCAUGAUUCCCGGCAACCUCCACUUCAAGGAGGCCAACAAGGAGAUCGCCGCCCUCAACGACGGCCGCCUGCAGGUGGUGCACAAGAACUGGCCCUGGAACGGGGGCAUGGCCGCCAUCAACUCCUUCGGUUUCGGCGGUGCCAACGCCCACGUCAUCCUCAAGUCCAACCCCAAGAACAAGGUCAACGCCGCGCCUGCCACCGAGGUGCCCCGCGUCAUCGCCGUGUCCGGCCGCACGGAGGAGGCCGUCAACCACCUCCUGGACGAGGUCGAGAAGAACAAGGACGAGGAGUUCUACGCCCUCCUCUCCGACAUCCACCGCCAGAACAUCGCAGGCCACGGCUUCCGCGGCUACACACUUCUGGGCGCCGCCGAACCCACCCGCGAGGUUGCCAUGGCUGGCGAGGCCGGCCGCCCCGUUUGGUGGGUGUUCUCCGGCAUGGGCUCGCAGUGGGCCUCCAUGGCCAAGAGCAUGAUGCGCCUGGAGCCCUUCGCCAAGGCCAUCAACGUCUGCGCUGCCGCCCUCAAGCCCCACAGCGUGAACCUCGUUGACCUGCUGACCAAGAGCGACGCCAAGACCUACGAGAACGUGCUCAACUCGUUCGUGUCCAUCGCCGCCGUCCAGGUGGCCCUGGUCGACACCCUGCACGCCAUGGGCAUCGAGCCCGACGGCAUCGUGGGCCACUCCGUCGGCGAGCUGGGCUGCGCCUACGCCGACGGCACCUUCACCGCCGAGCAGACCGUCCUGGCCGCCUACUGGCGAGGCCGCGCCAUCCUGGAGAGCAAGCUCGCUCCCGGCGCCAUGGCCGCCAUCGGCCUGAGCUGGGAGGAGGUGAAGGCUCGCGUGCCUGAGGACAUCAUCGCCGCCUGCCACAACUCGGCCGACUCCGUCACCAUCUCCGGCCCCCCUCCAUCCAUCUCCAAAUUCGUCGCCAGCCUGCAGGCUGAGGGCAUCUUCGCCAAGGAGGUCGCCAGCUCCGGCGUGGCCUUCCACUCCAAGUACGUCGCCGAGGCCGGCCCCAAGCUCAAGAAGAGCCUGGAGGCGCUGCUGCCCAACCCCAAGCCCCGCUCCUCCCGCUGGCUGAGUACCUCCAUCCCCGAGAAGGACUGGAACUCGCCCCUGGCCAAGCUGUCCUCCGUGGACUACCACGUCAACAACCUGCUGUCCCCCGUGCUCUUCGCCGAGGCCCUGCAGCACGUGCCCGAGAACGCGCUGGUCAUCGAGAUCGCCCCCCACUGCCUGCUGCAGGCCAUCAUCAAGCGCGCCCGCGGCACCGGCGUCACCAGCGUCGGCCUCAUGAAGCGCGACCACCCCGACAACCUCCAGUUCCUCAUGUCCAGCCUCGGCAAGGCCUACAUCGCCGGUGGUCAGCCCCAGUUCGGCCGCCUGGUCGCCCCCGUCAAGUACCCCGUGGCCCGCGGCACCCCCAUGCUGGCCUCCAUGGUCAAGUGGGACCACUCCACCGAGUGGGCCGUGGCGGACUUCUCCGGCAAGGGCUCCCGUUCCGGCGAGAGCGUCAUCGAGGUUGACGUCAGCAAGGACGCGGACAAGUACUUGGUGGGACACACCAUUGACGGGCGCGUCAUCUUCCCCGCCACCGGCUACCUGACCCUAGUCUGGAAGACCUUCGCCAAGCUGAACAACAAGUCCAUCGACGACAUGGGCGUCGUCAUGGAGGACCUGCAGUUCCACCGCGCCACCAUCAUGCCGCCGGAGGGCCCCGUCAAGUUCCUCAUCAGCAUCAUGGACGGCUCCGGCGCCUUCGAGGUGUGCGAGUCCGGCAGCGUGGCCGUCACCGGCCGCAUCUACAUGCCGGAGGACGGCCUGGACGGCAUGUUCGCCAAGAUGGGCCCCGUCAACAAGACCCCCGAGAACGGCGUGCUGCGCCUCACCACCCCCGACAUCUACAAGGACCUGCGCCUGCGCGGCUACGACUACAUGGGCAUCUUCCAGGGCAUCAAGGACUCCGACAACUACGGUCACGAGGGCUCCCUGCGCUGGGUGGACAACUGGGUCAGCUUCAUGGACACCAUGCUGCAGUUCAGCAUCCUGGGCAAGCCCGGCCGUGAGCUGUACCUGCCUACCCGCGUGCAGCGCGUCGUCGUGGACCCCAAGCGCCACAAGACCUUCGUGGACGCCCUGUCCGGCGAGGACGCCGCCAUCCCCGUGGCCAACUACGGCGACAUCAACCUGAUGCAGGCCGGAGGUAUCGAGAUCCGCGGCAUGAAGGCCAGCCUCGCGCCCCGUCGCCAGGGCUCCCAGGCCGACCCCAAGAUGGAGAAGUACGUGUUCGUGCCCUUCAAGAACACCCUCUCCCUGGAGGCCGACAAGCCCGGCGCUGCCCGCAACGCCGCGCUCAUCGCAGCCACCCAGACCGCCUCUGAGAACUUGGGCGCGCUCAAGAUCAAGGUCAUGGAGCUGCUGGGCGAACGCUCCCAGGAAGCUCUGCUCGCCCCCGCCCUGGUCAAGAUCAUAGAGAACGAACCUAUGCUCCACGUCGAGGCCACCGUCGCCACCACCACCGAAGAGGCCCUUUUGCCCGAGCUGGAGGAGCUGGGCAUGAAGCUGCUGCGUUCCGAUGGCACCACCGGUCCCCUGGACGCCAACGCCGGCAUCCACAUGAUGGUCGCCACCGAUGUCGCCAAGGUCAGCGACGCCACCUUCUGGACCAACAUCGUGGACUCCAUCAAGCCUGGCGGCUUCCUGCUGCUCGAGGAGGCUGCCAACGUGGACGAGGCCAAGAUCGCCGUGCCCGGCAUGGUGCUGGUGUCCAAGCAGGCCGCCGACAGCCGCAGCUUCGUGAUGCUGCGCAAGGCCGCCGACCUCGGCGUGCCCACCGUCAUCCCCAUCAGCAACACCAACUUCAGCUGGGUGGAGCCGCUCAAGGCCGCCAUGGUGCAGAGCGAGGCCGAGGGCAAGAAGAUCGUCCUGGUGAGCCAGGGCGAGGAGAACAGCGGUAUGGUCGGUAUGGUCAACUGCUUGUUCCUGGAGCCCGGCGGUCAGAACGUCCGCGCCGUCCUCAUCCAGGACCCCAGGGCCCCCGCCUUCAACCUCAAGCUGCCCCUGUACGCCGACCAGCUGGCCAAGGACCUGCGCACCAACGUGCUCCGGCCCGGCAGCGUCUGGGGUUGCUACCGCCACAUGCUGAUCGACGACUCUCGCGACGCCGCCUCCCUCCAGGUCGAGCACGCCUACAUCAACACCCUGUCCCGCGGUGACCUGUCCUCCCUGCGCUGGAUCGAGGGCCCCCUCACCUUCUACCGCCCCGAGCACCACCCCGACGUCGAGAUGUGCAGCGUGUACUACGCUCCGCUCAACUUCCGUGACAUCAUGUUGGCCAGUGGCAAGCUGCCCCCAGACGCGCUGCCCGGUGACCUGGCCGGCCAGGACUGCAUCCUGGGUCUCGAGUUCUCCGGCCGCGACUCCAAGGGCCGCCGCGUCAUGGGCAUGGUGGCCGCGCGUUCCCUCGCCACCACCGUCCUCGCCGACCCCGGCUUCCUCUGGGAGGUGCCCGACAACUGGACCCUGGAGCAGGCCGCCUCCGUGCCCGUCUGCUACGCCACGAGCUACUACGCGCUGGUGGUGCGCGGCCGCAUGCGUCGCGGCGAGUCCGUGCUGAUCCACGCCGGUACCGGUGGUGUGGGCCAGGCCGCCAUCGCCAUCGCCCUGCACAUGGGCUGCACCGUGUUCACCACCGUGGGCAGCCAGGAGAAGCGCGACUUCCUCAAGAAGACCUUCCCCCAGCUGAGCGACGCCAACAUCGCCAACUCCCGUGACACCACCUUCGAGCAGCACGUGCUGGCCCACACCAAGGGCCGCGGUGUGGACCUCGUCCUCAACUCCCUGGCCGAGGAGAAGCUGCAGGCCUCCGUGCGCUGCGUGGCCAAGCACGGCCGCUUCCUCGAGAUCGGCAAGUACGAUCUGUCCAACAACAACCCGCUCGGCAUGGCCCUGUUCCUCAAGAACGUCACCUUCCACGGCAUCCUGCUGGACGCCCUGUUCGAGACGACCGGUGGCGAGAAGGAGGAGGUGGUGCGCCUCGUGAGCGAGGGCAUCAAGAGCGGCGCCGUCCGCCCCCUGCCCGUGACCGUGUUCAGCGAGCAGCAGACCGAGCAGGCCUUCCGUUUCAUGGCCUCCGGCAAGCACAUCGGUAAGGUGCUCCUGCAGAUCCGCAAGGAGGAGGGCGCCAAGGUGGUCAAGCCCACUCCCAAGCUGGUGUCCGCCAUCCCCCGCACCUACAUGAACCCCGACAAGAGCUACGUCCUGGUCGGCGGUCUCGGUGGCUUCGGUCUGGAGCUGGCCCACUGGCUGGUGCUCCGCGGUGCCAAGAAGAUCGUGCUCACCUCCCGCUCCGGCGUGCGCACCGGCUACCAGUCCCUGUGCGUCCGUCGCUGGAGGGAGAUGGGUGCCAACGUGCUCGUGUCCACCACGGACUGCAACACCGCGCAGGGCGCGCAGAAGCUGCUGUCCGAGGCCGCCAAGAUGGGCCCCGUGGGCGGCAUCUUCAACCUCGCCGUCGUGCUGCGCGACGCCUACAUCGAGAACCUGUCGGAGGCUGACUUCGCGGCCGUGUGCAUGCCCAAGGUCGCCGGCACCAUCGAGCUGGACAAGGCGUCCCGCACCCUGUGCCCCGAGCUCGACUACUUCGUGUGCUUCUCGUCCAUCUCGUGCGGUCGCGGUAACGCCGGCCAAUCUAACUACGGUCUGGCCAACUCGGCCAUGGAGAGGCUGUGCGAGGCCCGCCAGGCCAGCGGCCUGCCUGGAGUCGCCAUCCAGUGGGGAGCCAUCGGCGACGUCGGUCUCAUCCUGGAGACCAUGGGUGGCAACGACACCGAGGUCGGAGGCACCCUGCCCCAGCGCAUCCAGUCCUGCCUCAACACCAUGGACACCUUCCUGCAGCAGCCCCAGCCCGUGCUGGCUUCCAUGGUCUUGGCCACCAAGCGCCGCGGCGGCAACAAGGAGUCCUCCGUGAGCGCCGUCGACGCCAUCGCCAACAUUCUCGGCAUCAAGGACGCCAAGACCAUGUCGCAGUCCCAGACUCUGGCCGACCUGGGCAUGGACUCCAUCAUGGGAGCCGAGGUGAAGCAGGUCCUGGAGCGCAACUACGACAUCGUGCUUAGCGCCCAGGAGAUCCGCGGUCUGACCAUGGGCAAGCUGUCCUCCAUGUCUGGUGGCGGCAGCGGUGAGGCUACCGCUGCCUCUCCUGCCAAGGACGUGCAGGUCAAGUACGGACAAAUCAGCUCUCUGAUCCCCACCGAGGUGGUGGUCAAGAUGCCCUCUGCCGCCGCUGCCGACAGCACCCUGCCCCCCGUCUUCAUGGUGCACCCCAUCGAGGGAGACGUGACGGCGCUCAUGCCCCUGGCCAAGCUGCUGCAGCGCCCCGUCUGGGGUCUCCAGUGCACCGAGCAGGCUCCUCUCAACAGCAUCCCCGAGCUGUCAUCCUUCUACCUGAAGCAGGUCAGGGCCAAGCAGGCCAAGGGACCCUACUCCCUGGUGGGCUACUCCUUCGGAGCAUGCCUCGCCUUCGAGAUGGCCCUCCAGCUGGAGAAGGAGGGAGAGAAGGUGGAGCUGACCCUCUUGGACGGCUCCCACUCCUACGUGGCGGCCCACACCGGCAGCUACCGCGCCAACCACGCCGACCUCUCGCCCGAGGCUGACGCCCUCACCUACUUCACCCUGCUCUUCCGAGACCUGGACUACGCCAAGACUCAACAAGAGUUGGCUGCCUUGCCCAACUUCCAGGCCAGACUUGCACGUGUCUCUGAACUUCUCAAGAAUGCUACCCCUUACUCCAGUGACAUGCUAGCCAAGGCCGCUACCUCAUUCUACAAGAAACUGGUCAUGUCAGAAGCUUACAAACCAUCCAAGAAAUUCAAUGGUCCCGUCCUUUUCGUUAGGGCAAAGGACAACUUCCUCAACCUUGGUGAAGACUAUGGUCUCAAAGAGGUCUGCUCAGGUCCUGUGAAAAUCCAUCCUCUUCCUGGAAACCACAGAGAAGUUAUCAUUGGAGAAUCGGCUGUGAAGAUUGCCUCCCUCAUGAAGUGAAACAUCACAUCAUUUCUCACGUGAACAAAAAUAUCAUUUUACAUUGAUUGAGAACCAUCUUACAUUAAUCUUGUUAACAUAAACAAAUUUCUACCUCAUGUGUUCAAGUAGAAUGAUCAGUUGGUCAGUCAGUCCAUGGACAUAUCUUAGUUAUGCAUUUAACUAAUUCUUAUGUGGUAUUCAUUGUUUACUAAAUUUUAUAUGACUGUGUAAGUGGUUCUUUAUGUAAAGUGAUAGUUUGUUUGUACAGUGUUGUAUAAAGUACAAAGUCAUUAGCAUUCUGAUUAGUGAGAUGUUAGCUUGAGUCCUUGUGAUGUGUGCACAACCUUUUCUGUGAUUGAGGAAAGUGCGACCAAAGAAUGUAAUGGUAUGCCUGACACCCUUGUAUACUAAUUUUAAUUAUUUUUUUUACAACUUUAGUUGUACAAUGAUAUUACUUUCACAAUGAUGUUCAAUGGUAUAUAUUUGUGUUAUUAAUUUUAGUUUCCAUUCCGGAAGGAGCCGAUACUUAACAAGAGGUGUUUUGGGAACAAUGAAUGUUCUUCUAAAAUUGCAGCUAUUUUCUUUGACAAGGGCUUUUAAAUCAUACAUACCAAAGUCGAAGUUCUGAAGAACCAAUUGGAUGGCAAGUAAAAUGUUAUCUUGAUGGGUCUUUAUUUUAUUACAUGACAUAUUUGUACAGUGCUUUUUAAGUAAUUUCAAAAUUAUAUAGGAGUAGAACUCAUGUUGAAGUGUCACUGUGAUCCCUAGAGGUUCCAAUUUAGUUAUGCUAUGUAGCUCACAGCUCGGUUUUUUGUUUUCCUCCAACAACCAACAAAUGUUUUCAGUGAACUGUAUGUUUUCUGACUAAAAUUUAGGACAUAUGAGUUGAAGUACCUUGUCACUGUAGCAUUUAACAAAGUUAGUGCAUAUUUUCCCUGAAAAUAUUAAUAUUUGACUAGGAAUUAAUGCUCUAUUGGCCUUUGCCUUGGUUAGAAUACUUACAGGUAUAUGUCGAGAUGCUGCAAAACCAGCUCUUCAACAUGCACCAUUUGUUGCAGCUGCAGGUCAUGGCUAAACUGUCCUGUGUUUCUCUUCUCUCUUUUUCCCCCUUUUGUGAUGGAUAGCUUGUUUUCUCAAGCUUGAAAUAUGUUGAUUAAGUGUAUAUUUUGUUUACUACUUCAUAAUUUAUUAUAAAUAUUUUUUUAAAUAUUUGGCUGUACAUAGAUUGCAAAUAAACUGUUGUAGCAUUUUGUUA